AUGUUGACCAUUUUCACAGGCUGGAUGAGCAGCGUGGCUCUAUAUGCCACGAUCGCUAUAAGCUUGCCGUUCAUCAUAACAUGGCUGUCGAGCAGUUUUCGAGCCCGCUGGCCUCGCAAUGGCGAGCCUCCUAUGGUGCCGCACUGGAUCCCUUGGUUGGGUCAUGCGUAUUCCUAUCUAUUUGACAUCAACCAGUUUGGGCAGAGAGUCAAAAAGAGAUAUCCCAACGCGGGUGCCGUGACCUGCUUGGUUGGUGGUCGACACUAUUAUACGAUUUUAGACGCAAAGCUGGCGGGACAGAUUUUUCGUCGACCAAAACCGUUUGCAAUGGAACCCUUUAUCGUGGCAUCCCACGAGGCCUUUGGCACGCCAAAAGCCGACACCGAGGUGAUGAAGAUGGGUAUCCCGGGCCUGGAGCAUGAGUGCGGCUACAGAGACGACGGCCGGCGCAUCUGGCAUACGCUGGGCAAAAUGAUUCAAGAACACUUGGGUGUCGAAGGAUCAAUCCACAUGGCACAGACAUUCCUAGGCCAACUGUCGGAUGAUUUGCAGAAGGUAUUCCCAAAGCAAUUGAAAUCCACGGAAUGGGUUACUUUGGAUCUUCGCAGCUUUAUCAUGAAGCAUUAUCUGCAUGCAUCAGCUGCCUCCUUGUUUGGAACACAUCUUCUGGACCUGUGGCCAACUAUAUCCGAGGAUUUUUGGGCAUAUGAUGAAUACACAAAAAUUCAUCUAGCCCAAAUCCCAGAAAUAUUGGCGCCCAAGUCAUAUGACUGUCGCCGAAAAAUACUGAAAAUCCUUCUCCAAUGGGAGAAAGAUGCGCGCGACAACAGAAAUCUUGAUAAGCUCAUCGCUGAGGAUGCCGCAUGGGAUGAAUAUUGGGGGGCACGGUUGAUGCAUCAUAGAACGAAGUAUACCGCAGAAAGUGGUCUUUCUCCAGAGGCGCGGGCUUCCAUGGGACUUGUUUUUCUUUGGGGUCAAAACGCAAACGCUAUUCCCAUUGGCGUGUGGAUGAUGAUCCAUUGUCUUGUUGACCCGAACGUCAAGCGGAGGGUCUUAUCCGCAAUUGAAUCAUGCCGGAAGCCAGAAGGCGACAUCGAUAUGCAUCGAAUUGUGACGCAUACUUAUUUAAAAUCGGUAUUUCUUGAGGCUCUUCGAUACGGCGUUGCGGCGCCAACUGUUCGUGAUGUGCUGGAAACAACCCAAAUCGGGGAAUACACAUUCCACAAAGGCAGUGUCAUCCACUUGCCUUCCAGGAUACUGCAUAUGGAUGACGAAGUAUGGUGUUCAAAAGGGGCCACAGUAAGCGCAUCAAGUUUUUGGAGCGAAAGGUUCCUUGAUCCAGAACAGAAUGAGAAUAUUGAAAACGCGGGGGCUGGAUUUUCCAAAGCGGCAGCAGAUCCCAUUGCCUUGCCAGUCGGCACGCGGUCCAAAGAUAUUCGCGACCGUAUGCCAGCAUUCCGCGCAUUUGGCGGUGGAAACCAUCUUUGUCCUGGGCGGCACUUUGCCCUUUACGAAAUUGUUGCUGGCAUGGCUACUAUGUUCACCAUGUUCGAUAUUGAAGUGGACGAGGAUGCUUUGCGGGUCAACGGAAUGCCCGCCGUAGACCAACGAGGAAUUGGCGGGUUGCCGCCGGACAGAAAGUUCAUGGUCCGAAUGAGGAGAAAGUGA